AUGGCGUCGUAUCUAGUGACUGGCUCUUCUCGAGGGCUCGGAUUAGCGCUGAUCGCCCGUCUAGCGACAUUGCCCAAAACUCAGGUGGGGACCAUCAUCGCCACCGCGCGCAAGGACAAUUCCGCUCAGUUGAAGGAGAUUGCAAGUGCCUCGUCAGGGCGAGUUCAGAUAGUCAAACUAGAUGUCAUUGAUGAAACUAGUGUGAAAGAGGCUGUGGCGGCUGUAGAGCGCCAGCUGCAAGGGAAAGGACUUGACUACUUGGUGAACAACGCGGGAGUGAGCGACUGGUCCCCAACAGGACUGGAAGGAAUGGAUAAUCUAAAUGAGACAUUCAAUGUCAAUGUCACUGCAGCACAUCUUGUAUCGCGCGCUUUCCUACCUCUCAUGCGCAAAGGCGAGAAGAAAACAGUAAUCAACAUAUCGACCACUUUAGGCUCCAUAGCUAUGGCCGGUGCGUUUCAACACCUGAAAACACCGGCAUACAAGAUCUCAAAGGCCGCAUUAAACAUGCUCACCGUUCAAUAUGCCCAGCAAUAUGCGGAUGAUGGCUUCACCUUUCUUGCGAUCAGCCCUGGCUGGCUUCGCACUGAUCUUGGUAGCGAUCGAGCAGACCUUCCGGUUGAGACAGGUGCCGAGAAGGUCCUAGAUAUCAUACAAAAGGCAACACCAGAUCAGAAUGGAAAAUUUGUGAACAUACAUAUCUCUGGAUCGGAGACUCAAGCCGGUGCAAAUUACUACGAUGGCAAAGAGAUCCCUUGGUGA